AUCCUUCUCAUCCAAAAGAGGGUUCCUUUGUUCUAUAUUGGUUUCUUCUUCCAAACUCUGGGCUUAGUUCUACUCUCACUUCGAGUGUGCCGGCCUGAGUUAUUUGGCGAUGUUGACUGUAAAUCAUGUAUUAGUUUGAUUCAGCUGGAUUAUAUUCGGUGAAAGCCCUGAAUUGUGUACUGUUUAUGCAUUUUUUUCUGAUUAUAUCCACCCAGGGGCUCUUAAAUCCAAGUUGUGUUAGUACAUUUAGUUUACAAGUAAUUAGUUUUCGCUGAUAAGGAUUUCCAUGUUAUAUUUUGUACUGAAUCUUUCAGCAGUGUGACCCGGCAAUGGGGAAGGCAAUAACAUAUAAGCGUACUCGAAGAGCAGAGAAUGACGUAACCAGGUAUGGGGCAUCAUCUAUGCAAGGGUGCCGUGAUGAAAUGGAAGCUACUUGGGCAUCUCACGUACAUCUACUUGAUUAUGCGCCCACAUUAUUCUUUGGUGUUUAUGAUGGCCAUGGAGGAGCGGAAGUAGCAUCUUAUUGUUCGAGGAAGUUUCAUGAAGAGCUUAAAAAGGAUCCAAGCUAUGUCCUCAAUCUGCCUGGCGCAUUGAAGAAUGUGUAUUCCAGCAUUGAUGAGAAGUUGCAAGAAUCAGAUGAAUGGAGGAGGGACUUGGCUUAUUCUCCUGACAUCAGAAAUUUGAUAAGGUGGCUAUGGACUGAUGUUUGUGGUGCUAACUGGCUCCCCAAGGCACCUUAUCUGCCCCCUCUACAUGAAGGAAGCACAGCAUGCGUGGCUGUCAUCAGGGGCAACCGUAUCUAUGUUGCAAAUGUGGGCGAUUCCCGUUGUGUGAUCUCAAGGAAUGGUCAGGCAAUUGAUCUCUCGAUGGAUCACAAACCAAACUACCGACAUGAAAGGAAGAGAAUUGAAAAGGCAGGAGGACAAGUGCGCAUGGAUGAUAUCCCAAAGAAAGUUAUGGCUGACAUGAAGUUGGGCAUCCAUCGCAUUGAGGGAAUAUUACACAUAUCCAGAUCGAUUGGUGAUUUUCAGUUCAAGCAGGACCUGACUUUGUCGCGUCAAGAUCAAAUGGUGACAUGUUGUCCAGACAUAUGUGAUGUGCCGAUAACAAAUGAUACUCAAUUUUUUGUUAUAGCAAGUGCAGGUAUCUGGGAUGUCAUGACAAGUCGGCAGGUGGUUAAUUUUGUACACCAAUGCUUGCAAUCGGAGGAGAAAGAUCCGGGAACCAUCUAUGAAAAACUUCUUGAUUCAUGCCUGCGCGAGGGCUCAAAGGAGAAUUUGACCAUUAUACUGGUUCAAUUCAAGGCCACCGCCCAUGGUGGAGCUGAAGCCAAUGUUGCUCAUGGUGGAGCUGAAGCCAAUGGUGCCCAUGGUGGAGCUGAAGCCAACGUCGCCCAUGGUGGAGCCGAUCGCGACACGGGAACUGAUGAUAUCGAGAGCAAAGGGUCAGGUAGCCGCAGCCCUAAGCCCUUAGAGAUCGAGGCCCAGGAAUCUGGCUCCAAAAAAGAAAGUGCGCCGAGGAUGCUUCAGCUGGGGUUGGCUAAAGCACGAGGAAUGCUAGGUGUGCCCACAGUUUGAUCAAGAAGAGAGGUGAUCCUGAGCUGAGAAGGAUUUACAAUGUUGUUUUUGCUCUUUGUCGGAGAUAGAAUUAUGUG